CGCUGAGCAACAUACCCUUCUGAUUCUGUCAUGACGCAGCUCGGGCAAUGACUUCGUGUCGCCCUUUUGAACUGUUGUGGAAGAGGAAUUUGACACCAUCAGCUUCCCUGCUGCGAUUUGCUGUGGCUGACGGGCUUCCUCUAGGAGGACAUGGACGAACUGCUCCCACAGGUGUCAAGGUCCACGUUCCUGCAACUGGACUGGAGAAGUCAUAUUCUCCGGUGUCGCAUCCCGCACAGGCUGGAUCGUUUGAUCUCCUGGUGAAAGCCUACCCACCUCGAGCUGGAGGAGGCGUUGGGGCUUACAUAUGUGCCUUGCAGCCUGGUGAGAAGGCGCUGAUGAAAGUCAAGCCUGCCGAGUUUGGCUACCUAGCUGGUGCUCCAUUGUCGCCUGGACGUUGGAAGCAGAUUGGUUUAGUUGCCUGCGGGACAGGCCUGGCUCCACUAUAUCAAGUAGCUACCCAAGUUUUGGCUUGGAACAGUGGCACCAGAAUAUCUAUGGUGCUGGCAUGCAGGACUGAGGAGGAUAUAUUGAUGCGUGAGGAACUGGAUUUGAUGGUUCGAAACCCUUGCUUUCGUCUUCACACCCAACUGAGCAUGCCAACAGGAGGGUGGUGUGGCUCCAAGUUUCAGCAAAGAAACGUUUUGGGUAGUUGAUACGUUUGCCAAUGAUAGGGGCACAAUGAAGGCCAGCCAAGUCAAGCGGACGGAUCACAAGCAAAACGCUGGGGGACUGUCUUCCGGCUCCCGAUGCUAGUUCGAUGAUCCUCGUGUGCGGCACGGACGGCUUUGUGGACACUGUUGCGGGACCCAUCCAGCGAAUCACACUGCCAAAUGGGCAAAAAAGGCUUGGGUAUGUUCCAGAGCAAGUGCACAAGUUUUGAUCAUCGCCAUUCCUUUCGUUGGAAC